UUGUUCUGUCUAGAUAUGCCCAAGGACUCAACCUACUAUGCCGGUUGGCAUAAAAUAGUCAUUUCAUCUAUGAUUCAAACUUGAAACGAUAAUAAGUGUUAGAACUUGAUGUUUAAGGAAGGACGUAAACAAAUAGUAGUACUGAAUUUUUAUUCAUGGAAAUGAGUGGAGUGGGUGUGAUAUUUCGCUUAGAUUUCAAUUUUUUUGUUGUGAAAUCUUGCUGUGAAUUUCAUGCUUGUUUACCUACAUAUCUGGCAACAGUGGAUAGAUUUAUUAUUGUGCAGCAGAGUUUGAUUCCUUUUCGUGGCAUUUGUGGCCAUUUUGUGCCAUCAAUUGCCGGAUUCUCAAAGGUUCUGGUGCUGAUUUAUAUGAAUUAGUAGUUUGUAAAUGGUUAGGAUGCCUUAAUUUAUCGUAUAACACUCCCAGAAUGCCAGCCCAUACUCGUGUGACGUUAGCCCACACUCGUGUGAGAAAAAAGUCGAAAUCGACUAUCGUAUAUUCUCGCAUACAAGCUGGGUUUAAAACUCCAAAAAAGUUGCCAAACUAAGGGGUCGGCUUAUAUGCACAUAACUUAGACACACUACAAAACAAAUGUUAUGUUAUUUUUUAGUGGCGCUGAUAAGGACUCUUAUCUCCGUAAUGAUUGGGAUAUGUACAUUACUGAUAAUAACUUUUCAGUCAUGACCAUACAUAAUAUGGAUUAUUAAUUUAUUACAUUCCUAAGUUUAAAUGUUAUUACUGAUAAUUAAAAGUGCUGAUUUUAUUUAUCAAUAUGUGGCAAAGCGCCAAAAUUCAUUUGAAUAUUUCUCUUGACAACGAAACACCGUGAUGAAGGCGAAAGGAAGCUAUUAUUCGAAAAUUAGACAAAGAAGUAUUUGAAUACUUUGAUAUUCUUAACUGUGAUACGGUGUGUUACGAAUCGCAGGGCCGGCUUAUAUGCGAAUUUUUUAAAAAUAGGCGUUUUGAGACCGUUUUUAGGGAGUCGGCUUAUCAUGCGCUCGAGCGAGUCAUAUCAUUUCAUGCGCUAUAGUAGGACGAUAUACUAUCACAUUAUUAUCUCGUCAGCAGCCGCAGUUAUCCAAUAGAGAGGAUGGCCUCUGGGAAAUAGAGAACGAAGAAUUUGUUCCUAGCGAUUCGGAUGAAAAUGAUUUAGAGGAUUCUGACUUUUCGGAAGGAGAUUUCAUACAGUCGGAUGAUGAAGAGGUCGAAGAAGAAGAAACUGAAGACAUGUCGAGUUGUAUUCCUACAGACAUGCCAAGUCCACGGAUUUGGAAGCGUCGACCCCAAGGUGCGAGAACAACAUCUGGGGCCAAGAGGGGCCGUUGCACGCCCUCUCCAAGAAUUCGUUCUUCGUACAAGUGGACGAAAUCUUUUAUAAGAAGAGCAAAUAAGCCUUUCGGUGGUCAAAGAAUGGUACAGAAUCGCCAGCUAAAUCGCACGUCCACGCCCUUGGACUGUUUUUUUCAGUUUUUCAACACCGCAGUCCUUCAAUUCAUCGUCAAGAUGACCAAUCUCAAUGCCGUUCGAAAAAUACAGGUGGCCGCUGUAACAAAGAAUAUUGAAGAAAAAGAGUGGAAAGAUGUUGAUGUGAAAGAAAUCAAAGCAUUUCUUGGAAUGAUUAUUGCAAUGGGAAUCAUUCGUCUUCCAAACAUCCAUCUUUAUUGGCAAAAGAAAAAUUGGAUAUUCGAUGUACCAAGUUUCAAUAAAAUAAUGCCGAGAGAUCGAUUUGUUGAAAUACAUAGAUAUAUGCAUUUUUGUGAUGAAGCUUUAGCGCCAAGAUCAGAUGAUCCAAAGAAAGACAAACUUUUCAAGAUUCGUGGAUUAUUAUCUUUACUGUUGCCAUUGUUCGAGAGCUGCUACAAGCCAGGCCAAGAUCUGUCGAUAGAUGAAUCUUUGAUACCUUUCAAGGGUCGAAUUAGCUUUCGGCAAUUCAUAAAAAGGAAAAGAGCACGGUUUGGUAUAAAGGUCUGGGUGCUGGCUGAAUCUUCCACAGGGUAUGUUUCGAGAUUGAAAAUUUAUGUGGGCAGAGAACCAACAGCUGGCCCAGAAACCGGACUCUCCUCACGGGUUGUGAAAUAUUUGAUAAACCCGUUCGAGGGAUUGUACCAUCGUCUGUACGUGGACAAUUUUUACACGAGUCCCGAACUUUUCGAAGACCUUCUAUCAAAAGGGGUUUUUGCGUGCGGAACCUUCAGAAGCAAUAGUGUAGUGUUUCCCAAAGACCUUAUUGUCACGCGUGUGAGUGCAAUUCCUAGAGGAACAAGUGAUUGGCGAGUGUCCAACCAAUUGCUCGCCCAGUCAUGGGUUGACAAUAGGGUUGUGUAUUUCUUGUCAACUUUCCACGAGCCCGAGUACGAUCCAGCCGAUACCGGUAAAAAAACAGUAAAAAGGAAAGUCCGGCGAGGCCACUUGACAGAUUCUAUUGAAAUACCCUGCCCGCCUCUCCUCAAGGACUAUAACGCAAAUAUGGGUGGUGUGGACCUUUCUGACCAAAUGAGAAAGUAUUACAACUUGACAAGGCGGUCAAGAGUUUGGUACAGGAGAAUAUUUUCUUAUUUGAUUGAAGUUGCAGUCCACAAUGCUAGAGUUGUCGCUGAAAAUCUCUCAGGACGGCGAUGGACCGGGGUAGAUUUCAGAAUAAACUUAGUCACCUCUCUCAUAGGAGGUCACAGAGCUUCUAGACGAACUUCGGAAACGGCAUUGGCAUCUCUGGCAAGGCUACAAAACACAGGAUUACAUUUUCCGGUUGCAACUAAGACACAAAAAAGAUGCCCAGUGUGUUAUAAAAAGUCGCAAGUCGCAUCUGCAGAGGAAAAAAUAACUGUUUCACGUGGAACCAUAAAAUGCACAGAAUGUAAUGUAAACCUUUGUGUGCGCGAAAACAAGAAUUGCUUUCGCGAUUGGCACACAAAGAUUGAGUAUUGGAGAUGAAAUUUGUCUUAUAUUUUUUUCAUCACAUAUAUUCAUUACAUAUAUUCGUUACAUAUAUGCAGGGGUGGGAUUCAAAUUUUUUUGUCAGACGAUUCCAUCAUUAAAGCCAUAUUGUUCAGCCGUUCCUGUUACAAGAAGACUUCAAAUUUCAAAUAAACCAGUAAUGCUAACCGGUUCGCUGAUCUCAUAAAAUUCUGUGAGACUGUUCUAUGGAACCGGUGCGAACCGGCUGAAUACCACCACUGCAUAUAUGCCAUAGCAAAUUGAAUACUCUGUUUUGUUUGUGCUCUGUUUUUUGUAUAAAUGUCCAAAUUCACUCAAAACAAUUGUGAUUGAUGGAAGCAUUCAAAUAGGCUGUGUACAGUGUGGGUCAGACAAUAUAAGUCGCUUUUCGGAUAGCAAUAAACUGAGGUCCAGAUGGGCAUUCUUUUAUCAUGAGUCAAAAGUAUGGUAUAUAUUACCCAGCAUUGAUAAUAAAUAAAAUAAUUAAAGAUUACGCUAUUCUUAGGCCCAACGGCUGGCAAUAUAGGCCCGCUUUCAGAUAAUGAAAUUAGUAAAUAGUUUUUAUGAGUUGUUUCCAUUCGAUUUUAUCACCAUUCCAUGAAAUAUUGUGAGUGCGAAUACAUAAAAACAGCUGAAAAAUACAGCCAGCGAGACGUGCUAAUCGCGCAUGACCUACGCAAACAUAACACAUACUCCAGAAUUGUGUGUACGAAUAUGGAGGUAACCAAUUUUAUUCGCCUACUUCACAUCAAGUUGUGUAAAGAGACUGAAACCUUAGGCUAAAACAGAUAGUCUCCGAACUGGUAAUAUAACUAAAAUAAAAAAUUAGAAUAAAAUUAAGGCCUAAUCCUAACCUGGUACACAUACUACGGAAGUUCUCUUGAGGGUAAUAUCUUGGGUGUAUGUUUUUGUUCCAUUUGGUAACCAUAGUCAUAUUAGUAAAUAGUCAAAGUUGAGCCUCUAAAUCUGCCAGAAUAGUAUGUUAAUACUUUUAUCUGUCAGAAUUUAUAUUCUGAAAAUAGAGUGACUUGUGUAUGUCGAAGAUUUUGUUUCGAUAUCUCAAUAUUGGUAGUUGGAUCCAGAGUCAGUUUUCCAGCUUUGAUUCUCGAAUUGGGAGGCAAAAUUGUUGUCAACAUGAACAUGGGAGUUUCAGUAUUCAAUUGCUCGAAGUCUCAAUUGUAUAACUUCUGUCAAAUUCAAUUUGAAACAACGUUUCAUUAUGAAAAAUAAAAAGUUGAGACAACUCUGAUCCCUGAUAGUAUAUUCAUAUCAGUUUUUUAUCUCAGAUUCUGGAGUCUUCAAGAAAAUUUUUUGUCAAAUUUAAAAUGGGAGCUUAG